AUGUUCAUCGACGACGGUCUUGAAAGCAACAACAACAACAACACGAGUCAGCAUCCAUCAUUCAUCAUGGGCACAACUAUUGGCUCCCAAGGAUGGCCCAUCAUCAAGAACUUAAAUCAAUGUCUUGAAGCGAUCGGAGAUGCCAAAGAAUUUAAUAUCAUUCACGAUGGAAAGGGUUUUGUUUAUAUCAGUUAUCGGAGAGUGACCUCGACCACAUUUCCAUCACCAAUCCGUACAGUGAAUGAUUUAAUUCGAAGAGAAUUACGAGGUUUAGCGUUUGAUAGUGAAACGAAACAACUCGUUUCAAGAUGUUUGCAUAAAUUUUUCAACGUCGACGAGAAGGAAGAAACGAAAAUGGAAAGAGUUCAGCAAAACCUCGAACAUAGUAUUCGAUUGGGAAAGAAGAUGCACGUUCUCGAUAAAUUAGAUGGAAGUUUGGUCAUUCCAAUUUUGCAAAAGAAUGCAUUGAAUGAAAAACGGUUAAGAUUUAGAACGAAACAAGGUUUUGGACACAACUCAACCUCCCGUGGUUGUGAAAAACACAUUUACGGGCUCCGAGAAGUAAGCGAUGAAGACUAUGAAAAACACAUUCCAACUGUUGAUGAAUUUUUGAAAUCACAAAAAUCUUUUAAAUUUGGAAAUGUCAUUCAAUUUUGUUUGGAUUACAUUGAGAAAGGAAUGACGCCAAUUUUUGAAUUUUGUUCGCCAGAUUACAAAAUUGUUAUUAUUUAUGAAGCGCCUUCAUUGAAUUUAAUUGCAUUGAGAGACACUUUCAACGGAGAUUACGUGGAUUUUGAUGAAAUGACUCUUAUUGCUCGAGAGUAUGGCAUGGACUGUGUGAAGGCAACACAUUUUGAUUUUCUUGACACAACGACAUGCACCUCUGUUUCUGAAAUUAUUUCUGAAAUUAAAAAGAAGCACGAUUUUGAAGGAUGUGUCCUCCGGUUUUGGAAUGGUGAAAUGUACAAGGUAAAAUCAGAUUGGUACAGUAUCAUGCACUUUAAAAAACAACGAUUAGAAUUCAAUUUUGUGAAUGAGUCACAUGCUUGGUGGUUAGUGUUGGAAGGUGGCAUUGACGAUCUCAUUCCCAUUCUCAAUACUGAAGAAGAGAAGCAGCGUUUGACUGCUUUCAAUGAUCGACUCGGCCUUACUCUCGAUUCAUUUUCUGAAAAUUUGCGGAAACAAGUGAAAUCCAUUUUGGAGGAAACAAAAACUCAGAAAGCAUUUGCAGCUCAUCUCAAUACCAACUUUAAAUCAGUGCCGUGCAUGAGGAAACUCAUGUUUGAUGUGGCUCGACUCAUGACCGAUCAAAAGAAUGAGGAGGAGAAUACCGAUCUCGACGCAAAAGUGAAUAAUCUUGUGAAAGAGGUACUGUUGAGAUUUGUCUCACAAAACAAAAUUGAGGAUGCAAGAACAUUCUUACGAGAUCCAACACUGACCUAUCAGAAGGAUUUUACUACUCUGAAAAAGAGUGCAUUCGAUGAAGAAGAGUAA